AUGGGAAAGAAAGGAAAGACUUCUGCGGGUAAGGCGGCCGCCAAAGCCGCCAAGAAGGAGAAAGCCGAAAAGCAGGCCACCCGCAAACUCACAAAACAAGCAGCAAAGCAAAAGUCCCAGUCAAACACCACCUCCUCGUCCUCCAAACACAAUGGAAAGAAAGGCGCUGCAGCUGUCGACGAUGACGAAGAGGAUCUCGAUGCGCUGCUCGCCAGAUAUCGAGAACAGUGGGAGCAGGAGCAUGCCGUAUCUGAAGAAAAGGUGGGAGGACCCCCUUCGCGUCGAGCCAAUGCUACCUUCACCCCUUGCCCUCUUGGCAACGAUCUCUAUCUUUUUGGAGGCGAAUACUUCAACGGCGAACGAGUUGCUUUCUACCAGGACAUGUACCGGUAUAUACCCGAAAAGAACGAGUGGAGGACAUACGCAUCCAAGAACCAACCUGGUCCUCGAUCCGCGCACCAGGUUGCAGCAACACCGGCGCAGGGUGGCAUGCUCUGGCUGUUCGGAGGCGAAUUCUCAGGGGCACGUCAAAACGCCUUCCACCACUAUCGCGAUCUCUGGGCCUUCAGCAUCGAGUCGAAAGCAUGGGAGCGCAUCGACACUAAACUGCGUCCCAGCGCACGCAGUGGUCACCGCAUGACCUUCUGGAAACACUACCUCGUCCUCUUUGGCGGCUUCAUCGACACGGGCGUCAAGACACAGUACCUGAACGAUCUGUGGAUCUUUGACACCCAGAACACGUUCAAAUGGACCGAGAUCAAGCAGAACGACUUGCGUCGUCCACCACCACGCUCCGGCUUUUCCUUCCUCUCGUGUCCCGAAGGGAUCGUCCUGCACGGCGGGUACUGCAAAAAGUACGUCAAAGGUCAGCGCACACAAGGUGUUGCGCUGGAGGAUACGUGGCUGCUCAAGAUGGACGAGGACCUCACCAAGCUCGACUGGGCCAAGAGAAGGAAAGUGGGCUAUGCACCCAAUCCGGUGCGCAGUGGAUGCACCAUGGCUCUGUGGCAGUCCAAGAGCAUGGGCAUUCUCUUUGGCGGUGUCACGGAUACCGAGGCGGAUGAAGAGACCAUGGAGAGUGUCUUCCACAAGGAUAUGUACGGAUAUCAGCUGCCAGGUACAGGCAGAUGGAUCAGUCUCAAUCUCAAGCGACCCAAGAAGAAAGCAGGCGCAGGCAGGAGAAAGAAGAAACAGCAACAGCAGCAACAACAGCAACAGCAACAACAACAAGAGCAGAACUACAGGAACGGUUACCACUCGGACGACGACGAUGACGAAAAUUACGACUCGGACAACGAAAACGGCGACGAGCAAGCCAAAGAUCUCGUCGAAUCGACCGAGAACCUGCAGGUCCAACCCACUCCACCACCACCAUCGACAGCAGCGCCCGCCCCGCCCGAAGACGACGAAGACGACGACCCGGACGACCCACUCAAGACGAUCCCACUGGAGCGAUACAACGUCAUGCUGGCCGUGCAGCGCAACACGCUCUACGUCUACGGCGGCAUCUUCGAAGCGGGCAACCGCGAGUACACCUUGGACGAUUUCUACACACUCGACCUGUCGAAACUGGAACGCUUCGCCUGUCUGAGAGAGUGUCCCAUCGAUGCGCUUGAGUGGGGCGAGUCGGAAUCCGAAGACGACGGCUCGGACGAGUCUGGUUCGUCUUCCGAGUCCGAGUCCGAAUCCGAGUCCGAGGGAGAAGAGGGCGACGAGAUUCCCGAAGGCUUUGAGUUUGACGAGGAAGCCAAUUCCGACGACGAAGAAGCACGCCGUGCCAAGAUGUCGCUUGCGGAGCGCGAGGCGCUCCGAGCCAAAGCGCAGGCUUUCAUGGGAGUCUCUUCCGACACGGCGCGCACCGAGCAAGAGAUCCUCUCCACCCCGCAACCGGGCGAGAACCUGCGCGCCUUCUACGAACGCACCAAACACCACUGGGCGUCCACCGCGCAUAUCGAAAGCGACGGCAAAUUGCGCGGUAAGGAAAUGCGUAAGAAGGGCUUUGCGCUCGCAGACUCGCAGUACCAAGAGUACAAGCCCAUCUUGGAUGAGAUCGAACGCAUACGUUCCGAGGCGGGGCUCGAUGCCAACGAGGCCGCUGUGACCAAGUCCGGUGGCAUCGGUGCUGGCAGUACCGGUGUGGAUUCGAGGAACCGUAGGUGA